UAUUGGACAGAUAUUUUCUCUUAUAAGCUAUAUGCAUACACAACUAUCGAAAGUAGUAAACGAUCAAAUGAACAUAAUUAUUCAACUCCUUCAAAAUUAAUCGGAAAAGGAAAGAAGAUUCCGAUGUCGGAGAACCAGAGUCAACAUCACAAAUCUCCAGUGGUGGAGAGAAAGAAAGUGUCUAUAGAGAACAGCCAUGGUGAGAAGCUAGUCGGGAUACUGCACGAGACGGGGUCGAGCGAGCUCGUAGUUAUAUGCCAUGGAUUCAGGUCCACGAAGGAUCGAAUUCCUAUGGUGAAUCUUGCUUUUGCUUUCGAGAGAGAGGGAAUCAGCGCCUUCCGCUUUGAUUUCGCUGGCAAUGGGGAAAGUGAGGGCUCGUUCCAAUAUGGAAAUUACCGUAGAGAGGCUGAGGAUCUGUAUGCUGUAGUCAAGCACUUCAAGGCUGAGCAGUGUUGCAUAGUGGCCGUUGUUGGGCAUAGUAAAGGAGGGAAUGCCGUUCUGUUGUACGCCUCAAAGUACCAUGACGUUCAGACAGUCGUCAACAUAGCCGGACGCUUUGAUCUGAGGCGAGGGAUUGAAGGUCGCUUGGGGAGAGACUUCGAAGAAAAGAUCAAGCAAUGUGGAUUCAUCGACGUGAAGAACAGGAAAGGGAAAACUGAAUAUCGGGUGAUGGAGGCAAGCUUGAAGGACCGUCUCGAGACGGACACUCGUGCUGCGUGUCGAUCCAUCCCUCCGGACUGCAGCGUACUAACGAUACACGGCACAUUAGACGAAAAGGUUCCAGUGGAAGAUGCGUCAGAGUUCGCCAAAAAUAUUCAAAAUCAUAAUCUAUGUAUAGUUGAAGGAGCCGAUCAUGAAUUCACCAAGCAUCAAUCUCAGCUCAACAACAUCGUGUUGCAUUUCGUGUUGAAGCGUCUCCGAUCCUCCCGGCUCUGAUUCUCUGCUCUGAUUCUCCGAUCAUGAAUUCACCAAGCAUCAAUCUCAGCUCAACGACAUCGUGUUGCGUUUCGUGUUGAAGCGUCUCCAAUCCUCCCGGCUCUGAUUCUCUGCUUAUAUGUAACAUUACAACGUUUAAUAUUUCAAACAAUCUAUUCAUACAUUUUCUUGAAAUGAAAAAAGUUGAUAGGUAGGUUUCCUCAA